CAAGUAUCGCGCGCAACGAAAACCGGCGUUCAUCCGCGCGUCAUAUCAGACUUCGAUAAUCGCGUCGCUCAGUUUCGAACGAAUCCCGCGAGUCAUCGAUAUCGCAUCUGUCGCUAUUUCUGCGAGCAGCAUACAUUAUUUUUCCGAAUACAUGUAAUAUUGUUCGAUUUAUAUAUACAUGGAGUAUUUUAAGCGUUUAUUGAUGUUUAAAGUCGACGUUUCGACGACCGAUUAACAGAUACACAACGGAUAAAUGUAAAAUUAGUGUAAAUAAAAAUGGACUCCCAAGACAGUUCCCAGAUCAGCAUAUCUGCUGAUAAGACUGAUGUAUCUCAAUCGGAAGCUAUGAGCAACUCAAGUAACGAUAAUACUAAAAACUAUAUUGAAAAUGUUCUCAAAGAAGAUAAAGGAUCUGAUAAAUCACCAUCUGAAGAAGGUACUAUAGAAAUACAAGAUGAAACAAAUAAAGAAAUACAAGAUGAAACAAAUAAAGAGGCAACUACAAUAGCUUCUGAAAAAGAUACGACUCCAUCAAAUGUAACUGAUGAAGAUAUUGUAGAGAUGCAUAGUGAAACAAAUAAAGAAGCAACUGUAAUUUCUGAAAAAGAUGCACUUCUAUUAAAUAUAAAAACAAGUGAUUCUGCUACACAUUUACAAACUAUUGAAAAAGAUGAUCACAUAGAAAUUGAAGGGCUAUCAUUUGAGAAGGAUGUUGAUACUAUAACAAGUGAAGAAAAUAAUAUAGUUGAAAGUUCUUGUAAAGAAAGUGUAUCUGUUAAUAUAGACAAGGAAACAACAGAACUAAGUACAUUCAAUUUGACAGAAAAAUGUAAUACAAAACAGCCAUUAAAUCUUGAAGAUUUAUGCAAUAUAUCAGAUAAUAUAGGAAAUGAUUGUACAAAACUUACUAGUGUAAAUGAAACAUCAUUUAAAGAAAAACCUGAAGAUUCUGACAUUCCAGAUGAAUCAAGUGUUACUGCAGAUGAUCUGCAAAUAUCUCAAAAGAAUGUUGAAUUGUCAAAAAAAGUGGAAUCGGAAUCAUCAGAUAGUAAUUUGGAAAAUCCUGAUAAAGAUUUGUCUGAGAAAAACAUUGAGCCUGAAAAUACAGAAUUUGUACAAUUUUCUCACGACAAACAUGAUGAUUCGCAAAUUGAAGGACAAUCUAUAGACGCAGAAGAUCCGUUUGGUGGUGACAAUCUUACUUCUGAUAAUAUCGAACCAGUGGAAACUGAUAGUCUUGUAGAGGAUGAUAUUAGUUUCAAAAACUUAUAUGAGCAAGGUGAUAAUUUACAGGAUGCAGUGAAUGCCAGAAACAAUGAUUCUAAUAAUGAUAAACUUAAUGUUGAUUGCACAUCAAACAAUCUAAAAGAUACUGAUGUUAAUAAAGUUGUGGAUAAUAUUACUAAAGAAUCAAAUAAUGUACAAACUACUAUUGAUUCUCUUGAAAGUGCAGCAAUAGAUACUGAUCUCCCAGAUACAAAUAUAUCUGAAACAGAAGCAGGAAGUAUAUCACCUACAAAAUCAUUCGAUAAACAAGUUGAACAGACCAAAAAAGCUAUUGAAGAAAUUACACCAAUGGAAACAGAUGAGGAACAAACUGAUGUAUUACCAGGACAGGAUGACGAGCUAUGUAUUAUCCCAGAUAGUAUGAAAGUAAUAAUACCAAAUAAAUCAAGUAAAACAAUAGAUGAACAAAAUGAAUCUAUGCUUGAAAAAAACGCGAAAGACGAUGAAACAAUACAAAACUGUACUAAAUCUAAUUCUGAACUUGACAAAGAUGUUUCAGGCAAAGAUGAACCUCAAUCAGCAAUUAUGGAAAAUAAAAAUAAUAGCGAAGAUAGUACAAUGGCUACACAAAAUGAAUCAACGGUAGAAGUACAAACUGCAACAACAGACAUUAUUAACAUUGACGAUGAGUCCAAGAGCUCAGAAGUAGAAGAGGUUACUACUAAAGAGACGUGCAAGCAAUGUGGCGAAGAAAGAGCAUGUAAAAUUCGGGUCAAGAUUGGUACAGAAAACUAUCAUGUAUGCUCAAAAACAUGUAAAGCAUUGUUUAAAGCAGCCAAUAAUAAAACGAUAGACAUACCAAGCCAAGGAGCUACCUCUAAACGAGAGAAACGUUGCGCAUCUUGUUUGCUAAUUAUAGAAGCAAAUGAUGAACGAAACCUUUCUUGGGAAACCAUGGAAUUUUGUAAUGAGGAAUGUUUGGGAAAGUUCCAAAGAAAAUAUGGAAGUUAUUGUAAGAAUUGUAACGGUGCAGUUCAAGCUGUAAGUUUAGGCAAAUAUUGUGUGAGAUUUGGAUGUGAUGUAAGACAAUUUUGUUGUUCAACAUGUUUAGAGGAAUUUAAAAAGGGUUUAAAAGUGUGUAGUUACUGUCAGAAAGAUAUAAGUUUUAGCACAGACGGUUUUCUCGCUCCAGUUGGGGAGAAAGGACAAUUUAAAGACUUUUGUACUCAGGAUUGUAUGGAAAAAUAUUCAAAAUUAAAUUCUUCGGAACCUCCAACUACAGAAAAAAAGCCAUGUAGCGUUUGUCAAGAGGAGAAACUUGUACACUGCGAAGUUCAGAUAUAUAAUAGUACUCCAGUAGCCAUAUGUAGCGAACCCUGUUUUGCAGCAUUUAAAUUUGUGAAACAAGUCAAACCUGAGCAGUGCUCUACCUGCAAGAAAUUUUUUGAAUUACCAAAUAAACAGCAUUUCAUUGUAUUUUACGAUAAUGAGCCCCAUACAUUUUGUAAUAAAACAUGCUUAAAUAUAUUUAUCAUAACAAAUAGGAAGAUAGUUCCAUGUAAUUGGUGCAAAGUAAAGAAAUAUAACUUUGAUAUGAUUAAAAAGGAACUGAAAACAGGACCAACCUUGAUGAUGUGCAGCUUAAAUUGUUUGACAUUAUAUCAAGUUUCUAUCAAUGCAGUAUCUGCAAAACGAAUAAACUGUGAUUUUUGUAAGGAAUACUCUUUAGCACAUUAUCAUCUCACAAUGUCAGAUGCCACAAUACGAAACUUUUGUUCGUAUAAUUGUGUCAUGAAUUUUCAAGCGCAGUACACUAAAUCCCCCAUAACUAUACCAUCGAGCGAUGAUCCCGUACCUACAGGAAUGCCUAAAAGGACCACUUUAUCACAAAAAAGCGCAAAUCAGACCAUUCAAAAGUCCAAUGACAUACAAAGUAAAAAGAGUAUGCCGGUCAUCUCCUCAGUAACUAGCUUAGCCGCGCUAGGAAAUGGGCAAGCAAGCCCGAACUCACAACAAAAUAGCAUGGUUAUGCCUACGAACGCGAUACCGAAUCAAUCGACGCAAAUUGUCUACAAGCAACAAGUCAUUACUAGGCCACCUAGUCCAGUGAAAAUUCAAAACAAGACGACUCAAUGCAAGCCUUUAGUGCACACGAAAGGGGUUUCCGUGCGUCCUCAUCCUUGCACAAAGUGGACACAGACGAAAGAGAAAGUUCAACAAGUGGUCGUACCAAUACCAGUACCAAUUUAUGUUCCGUUUCCGAUGCACAUGUACAGUAUGCCCUUUCCAGUUCCAAUGCCUUUUCCGCUGCCUAUACCCGUUCCCUUAUUUAUACCCACUACAAGAAACAGCGCUAAGGGAAUUAUGAAAGAUAUUAAAAAAAUACAAGAAAAGAUACCAGCCGACCCGUAUGAAGCCGAACUCCUUAUGAUGGCGGAGAUGGUAGCUACUGAAAAGAAGACUAAUGACAGCGAUUCGGACUCGGUGGAUGAUAGGGAAGAUGACACAGCUGACCAAGACAAUUUACAUAGUGAUGGUUUCAGUCCAGAAGCGGUUGAUUCCAAUAACGCGUUUGGGGAUGACAUGUUGCAAAUGGCGUUAAAAAUGGCAACAGGAGAAUUAGACGAGCCGGCAGUCGAUUUGGAAGCUGCCUUGACGCCGAACACAAUUACAGCUACGCAAGCACCAUCGCAGCCAGAGACCGCUAUGGACAACGAUGUACAAUCGGAACGAUUAAUGGUUGCCUCUAGAGGAAGAAAACGUGUAAUGCCAUAUAAACCACGAUCAACACCGACCAAACGAAUGAGACGCGUCUCUGGUACAAAUGACAUGCCAUUAAUGCCACCACCGGAACCACAACCACCUCCGCAGCCGCGUAUUAUAGAACCAAUGGAAAAACCUGACGCAAAUAUGGCAUUAAAAUAUACAUUUGGUGUAAAUGCAUGGAGACAAUGGGUAAUUGGAAAGAAUGCCGAAUUAGAAAAACAAAUUACACCAAUGAGGAAAAUAAAGUUGUUCAAGACAGAUCUUUUACAACUUACCGCAGAUGAGUUAAAUUAUUCUUUAUGCCUUUUUGUGAAGGAAGUAAGAAAGCCAAACGGUGCAGAAUAUGCUCCUGAUACAAUAUAUUAUCUCUGUCUAGGAAUACAGCAAUACCUGUUUGAAAAUAACAGGAUUGACAAUAUAUUCACAGAUUCAUAUUAUGAGAAAUUUACAGACUGUUUGAACGAAAUAGCAAAAAAGUUUUCUGCAUUAUACAACGAAGCACAAUAUAUAGUGACCAGAGUGGAGGAAGAGCACUUAUGGGAAUGCAAGCAAUUGGGUGCCCAUUCUCCACAUGUUUUAUUAAGCACACUUAUGUUUUUUAACACAAAACAUUUUAAUCUUGUGACAGUGGAAGAACAUAUGCAGCUUUCUUUUUCUCAUAUUAUGAAACAUUGGAAACGUAACCCAGCUGCUCAACCUACAGCAAUGGCAGGGAAAGUUCCUAAUUCAAGGAAUGUCCUUCUUAGAUUUUAUCCACCACAAUCAGCUCUUGAAGCUAAUUCAAGAAAAAAGAAAGUGUAUGAACAACAGGAAAAUGAAGAAAAUCCAUUGAGAUGUCCUGUUAAGCUAUAUGAAUUUUAUUUGUCGAAAUGCCCUGAAAGCGUUAAAACACGAAAUGAUGUCUUUUACCUAUUGCCAGAACGCAGUUGUGUACCAGAUAGUCCAGUAUGGUAUUCGACAUCGCCUCUUGCGAAGGAACACCUCAUCAAAAUGUUAUAUCGUAUUAAAAUGGUUAAAGAAAUUAACGUAGCUUUACUAACAAGUUAAUUUUAUAUAUUGAUCUCUUGUAUUGUUAAAGUGAUUUAAAAAAACAGGAAAUACAAUUAACUAUUUUAACAUUUUGACUGUCAUCUGAUAGUUUGAGCUUAAUUACGGGAUCUAAAAUGUUUUGACUGUAUUGCUUGUUAGCCAUUAAGAUAAUCUCUUGGAAGACUAGUAUACUUAAGAAAGAUUAUCUAGAAUUGAGAUUCAUGUGUGCUCUGUUUUCAAUUCACAGAUUUUCUUAAAAAACAAUACGCUAGUCUAUAUGAAGAGAUAUUUUGGCUUUGUUCACUAGAACACAAGCAUAUGGAUCAAUGUAUAAGAUCGUUCAAAGUGUUAAAAAAACAUGGUGAAAAAAUGAUUAUAAAAAUAGAACAAGAAUAAUACAAUACAGAAAUGUAGAAUUAAAUGAAUUUUCCAGUUACUGUAUAUUUUUCACUUCACAAUAAAAAAAAUUUAUUGGCUAUAAGAAGUAUCUAAGAUUACAAAUAUAUUAAUAGCAUAUAUAUAUAUA